AUGGCUCAGAUUGGGAAAGUUAAGCUUGUAAAUUCUGGAGACUCGCUGCUUUUGCAGUCUCCAAAGACAAAGGCCGAGAAAACUUUUUCUUUGGCUUAUGUUUCUGCCCCAAGGUUGAAGCGUGAUGGUGACGAGCCUUACGCUUUUGACUCUCGAGACUUUCUUCGCAAACUCGCUGUUGGCAAGGAAGUUCAGUUUUUGAAAUUGUAUCAAGUCCCAACCACCGGCCGUGAAUACGGCACUGUCACUCUUCCUGAUGGAAGGUCCCUCAUUGAGCUUGCUCUCGAGGAAGGAAUGGUAAAGCUCCGCGACGAUGGAAAGCGUGAAGACGAACCGGAGAAUGAAGCUACAUUGGAGAAGCUUAGGCUUUUAGAAGCCAAUGCUAGGGCAGAAGGGAAAGGAAUGUGGGGUGACUCUCAGGAUGGGCGGAUUGAUUCCAGAUAUGAGGCCCCUGAGGACCCCGUACAGUUUCUGGGGAGAUACAAAGGAAAGCCAAUUGAGGCUAUCAUUGAGCGCGUGAUAUCUGGCGACAGAGUCGCUGUUCGUCUUCUACUCGAGCCCAAGCUUCAUCAACAAAUGGUCGUUCUUAUUGCCGGUAUCCGGGCGCCGCUUUCAAAACGUACGGAUGCUACGGGCGCUGAACAAGCUGGGGAGGAGUUCGGUGACUUCGCCAAAGAGUUUGUAGAAGCCCGUCUUCUCCAACGCACUGUUAAAGUGACUUUAUUAGGACUGAGCCCUCAGUCUCAGUUCAUCGGAAACGUUAUCCACCCUAAUGGCAACAUUGCAGUACUAGUGCUCUCACAAGGUUUGGCCAGAUGUGUUGAUUUUCAUAGUACUAUGAUUGGCGCGGACAUGAGCAAGUUCCGCGCCGCUGAGAAGACUGCUCGAGAGCAGAGGUUGAAGCUUUGGAAGGAACACGUGGUGAAAGCAAAAACCUCAAACAGCAAUCUUGAUGCGGUUGUAUCAAGAGUUCUCAGUGCAGAUACAAUAUUCGUGAGGAAUAAAGCCGGUAAUGAGAGAAAGAUCAAUUUGUCAAGUGUCAGACAGCCAAAGCCUUCGGACCCCAAACAAUCCCCAUUCACAGCUGAGGCCAAAGAAUUCUUGCGGAAAAGGUUGAUUGGCAAGCAUGUACGCAUUGAAAUUGACGGAAAGAGACCGGCUACCGAAGGGUUUGAGGAGCGUGAGAUGGCCACAGUCACACUCAACAACAAGAAUGUAGCUUUGUUGCUCGUGGAGAAUGGAUGGACCAGUGUUAUCAGGCAUAGAAAAGAUGAUGAGGACCGCUCGCCAAUCUAUGAUGAACUACUUGCUGCCGAGGAAGCUGCCCAAAAAGAACAGAAAGGCAUGUACGCAGCCAAGGCCCCCCAAAGCUCCAAAAUGGUUGAGGCCUCAGAAACCCCAGCUAAGGCCAAGGCCUAUGUGUCGUUUCUUCAACGCAAGAAACGUACCCCCGGUAUCGUAGAUUUUGUAUCUUCGGGGUCCCGGUUUAAGGUGAUAAUCCCAAGCGAAAAUACCAGACUUACUUUCGUCCUUGGGGGUAUUCGUGCCCCACGAACCGCUCGUAAUGCUACUGAGACGUCUGAACCUUUUGGUCAAGAGGCCCUUGACUACGCGUCGAGGCGUUGUAUGCAGAGAGAUGUCGAGAUUGACGUGGACGAUGUUGACCGUGCAGGUGGAUUCAUUGGCACAAUGUAUGUCAACCGAGAAAAUGUUGCCAAAGGCUUGCUGGAGGAGGGAUUGGCAAGCGUACAUGAGUACUCUGCCGAGAAGUCUGGCCACGCGACCGAGUUGUUUGCAGCGGAAAACAGAGCAAAGCAAGCGCGGAAAGGAAUGUGGAAAGACUGGACGCCAGAGACGGACGCUGAUGUUCAUGCGGAUGACCCGUCUAAUGGGGCCGCGAAAGACGAAGCCAUCGAGAAGAAAAAAGAUUACCGUGAUGUAAUCGUUACAAAUGUCGAUGAACAGGGUAAAUUAAAGAUUCAGCAAGUUGGAACAGGUACUUCCGCCUUGGAACAGCUCAUGUCAGCAUUUAGAACCUUUCAUCUCUCGCCUACAAAUAAUAAAGGUCUUGAGGGACCUCCUAAAGUUGGCGAAUACGUCGCAGCAAAAUUCACCGAAGAUAACACUUUCUAUCGUGCUAGAGUGCGCCAUGUCAACCGCGAGGCUAAGGAGGCUGAUGUCCUCUACAUCGACUACGGAAAUUCCGAGAAAAUUCCGUUCUCUCGCCUUCGUCCUCUCAUCCAACCGCAGUUUCAAAUAUCUAAGUUGAGAGCUCAGGCUGUCGACGCUGUUUUUUCAUUCCUCCAGUUUCCGACUCAACCAGACUAUGCCUCUGAAUCUGUGGAAAUGAUCAACCAUUUGACUGCUGGUAGGCAACUAGUUGCAAAUGUUGAUUGGACCAGUCCAGAAGGGAUUCUUCAUGUCACACUAUACGACCCUAACAGCAGCGAUCGCAUGGAAGCCAGUUUGAACUCUGAAAUUGUCUCCGAGGGACUUGCCAUGGUGCCCUUCAAAUUGAGGCCAUACGAAAGGGCUUAUCCUGAGAUGAUCAAGGCCCUCAAGGAGAAGGAAACCACCGCUAAGGCCGAAAGGAGGGGAAUGUGGGAAUAUGGUGACAUUACCGAGGAUUAA